AUGUUUAUAAGCAACCCUUGCUCCCAUUCGUUCUGCAAUGAUUGCAUUGGCAAAUACGUAAAGGCCAAAAUCCACGAAAACAUAGCAAUGGUUAAAUGCCCUGAUGUGAACUGCAAUGCUGCUUUAGAACCACAAUUUUGCCGUUCGAUUGUUCUUUUUCAUAGGCUGUUCUGCGCGCAAUGCAGGGUUGCAUGGCAUGCCGGAAUCUCGUGCAGUGAGUUCCGAAAUCUGGGGAAGGCGAGACUCGGGAGACCGAGGGAAGAUAUUAUGGUGGUGGAGUUGGGUAAGAACAUGAAGUGGAGAAGAGGUUCGAAGUUUCUGACUUCAGCAGAUCUUCUCUAUUAA